GGUAUCUCAGGGAAAUGAUUAAACUUUGGAUAACUUCGUCAAGCCUUUAUGACCUAGGUUUAAAGGUCAAGGUUUAUAUCUUUUUUUUUUUGUCUAUUCAAUUGUCAGGCUCUUGAAGAUAAGUGCAUCUAUUUCAAAAUAUCAAUGUGUUUGGAAAGUUUCGUGUGUCCUUUAAACUUGUGCGUCGUAAAUCUUUUGAAGAAGAGUUAAGGUUAAAGUAGAGAUGAUAUUGAAAGUAGACUUCAUAUACAGUUAAAGUAGAGAUGAUAUUUAAAGUAGACUUGAUAUACAGUAUCUCAAGCGAACAAAGAGAAUAAUGGUGACAUCCAUCUUGCACAGGGGCUUUGUAGCAUUGUCACUUCUGACUAUCACCUCGUUUGCGAUCCCACUCUGUCCACUGGCCACAGUUGGCAAGUCUUACCAGUUAGUCUGUGCUGGCACCACGCAGUCAGAGGAUAGAUUUGUCCUUUGGGAUCGAUACUUUGAAAAGAAUGGAAAUAGCGCUGAGAUUAGCCGAUGCUACUUCAACAAGCCAUGCGAUACAAAAGAUACAUCUCGAUACCAAGUAACCAAUACGCCAAACGGUUUCUCCUUUCGAAGCACGUUCGCCAUCUAUAACGUCACCGAGUCAGACAGUGAUAUGAUCAUCAACUGCAGCUCCAUGGUAGUAAGGAUUCCUCCGGUUGACCCGACUCUGGUCAUGACCUGCAGACUGCCAGUUUUCGACAUUGGGCAAGAGCCUAAUUGCGUUGCGAAACUGGCCCUUCCUGAUGUCCAAGUCACCUGCAACUUCCCAAAAGUGAACCCGAAAGUAACUUGCGAGCUAGGGUACGAUACUAACUUUCUUACCAAGAAAUCGAUCAUCGAAUACGAUGUCAAACGUUUGCCAGACUCCUCUUCAGCCUAUUACAACAUUACCUGCAAAGGUUUGCUAAAAUUUGAAAAAGUUGACCAGGCGAGCUAUUUUGUAAGGAUACUGCCCAAUUUUGAAACGGACAUUGCCAGACAAGAACUUGAGAAUCAUGCCAGAAUUCAGGAAGUCCCUCUUCUGUUGGUUCCACAGGUGGUCAUCAACAGCCCACCUUACGUAGCUCUUUGUCCGCCGACCUUGACUAACAAAGUGAAGGUCCAUUGCUCGGCUUCAACUACGACCCCAGAUCCUGUUUUUCACUUUUUUGUGGACAACCGAGAAAUUUACGCUGAAGAACCCAGCUCAGUAUUACCUGGCCCGUUAAACACUACGCUACAGAACUACACGUUUACAGUAAACGAAACAUUCCAGAAUAAAUCUCUUAAAUGCCAAGUGGAUGGCUUGAAUUUCGAUGUGGCCAAUAUUACUUUGGCUAUCCCUCCCACGAAGCCACCUGUGUUCAAAUCUCAUGAUGGGAUUUCACUCAAUUCUGUAAUCUCCAUACGAGACCAUGAAAAUAUUUCAAUCCAGUGUUUGGUCGAUGGUGGUGUCCCUACGGUUAAAAAAAUCAGCGUUAACUGCUUCGCGUUAAAGGGUGAUCAAAGCCUUGAAGCCCAUAACACAUCAAACGUCGUAUUUUUCACCAUUUCCGGAAGUGAGCAUGUUUCCGGAUCUCGCUGCCUUUGCUCGGCUCAUCAUGUCUCUGGCUGCUACAAUCUUUCGGCGUUUCUAGCUGUCGCAAGCACAGGGCUUAAUGACACCCGCACACCCUUUGAAGACAUCAAUGUCUAUACAUACAUCCUCUAUGUAGCGGCAUUUUUUAUCGGCAUCAUCCUCGUUCCCAUCAUCAUCGCGAUAUGUGUGUUUGUCAUUCGCCAUUGGAACAACCUGUACCCUAAACAUCCUCAAAACAGACCCAACCUGUCAAACCAUCAUUACAGUUACAUUGACGAUAGCCAAAUCCGGGAGACCAGGAAGGCCAAACGGCGACAGUCAAGCCAGACCGAUUCUUCUCUGAGCCUCAACUCGGAAUAUUCCCGAAGAUACCGCGACCACAUCGAGCUUCAUAAUUUACAGGAGGGCUCUGUAAGGUUGGCCGCCCCCGAAGAAUACAAUUUAGAAAACGGACACUUUAGAUAUACUGAGGCCCCGCUGCCGGUGCCGCCACCUUGCGGGCGCCCAGCUCGAAACGAGCGUCGAUCAACGCCGAGCGAAUCAGAUUCAGCGUAUGAAAGGCACAUCCAAGCCCAGCCUUCUCGGCAUAAGCGCCCCUCUGUCGACGAAGACAGUGACACGAGGCGAAAACGAGGUUUGAACCACGAGGACGAAAAUAAAAACUACAAUCACAGAGCUGCCCAGAAAGAGAUGCCGAGGAAUCAGGAGACUGAGGGUCAUUACAGAAACCACAAAAACUCCACGGACAGAGAUCAGAGAUACGAGGACGAGUCCGAAGACGACACGUAUGUGAGCCCCACGUCUCCGUACUCCUCAGAUGAAGAGCUCUCCAACAGUGAUCAGCAGCCAGACGAUAAGGCGUCUAGAAGAGCCCGGGAUGAGGAGGUUGCUCGUAGGCUAGAAGAGGAGCGUCUGCUGAAACUGUUAGAAAUGGGAGGGGCUUCUUACGAAGAGGAGCUCUCAGCAGAACAGUUUUUGUCUUAGCAGAUGACAGAGAAACACGAGUGUAUUCAUUUUGUUCUGUUGGAAGAACAUACGCGUGGAACAAAUAAGAUAAUUGCCUAGAACGUUUUGAAAAGCUGACAUCUUAAAAUGUGUUUACAAAUACCUGAAUAUAGGCUAACAUGGAAGGAUUAAUGGAUUGUUAAUCCAGAAGAGAGCGGUGUAUAAGCCUAUAGCUAAUUACUUGCAAACAUCAAUCUCUUAACAUUCUUUUAAAAAAAAUAAUUCUUAGUUUGCUUCUGAAACGUAAUUCUAGUUCUUGUAUAAAUUCAAGUUAUAACACUGAAAUAUAACACAAAAGUUAUAACACUGAAAUAUAACACAAAAGUUAUAACACUGAAAUAUAACACAAAAGUUAUAACACUGAAAUAUAACACAAAAGUUAUAACACUGAAAUAUAACACCGAAGCUAUAACAUUUAAGUAUUCUACAGACAGACGGAUUCUGUGACCUAUAUCUUGAAGUCUGUUCUCUAUUUCUUAAGGGAGCCCAGCCUGGAGGCCAUAAAUACAAAACAUUCUUCUUGGGUUAGGUCCCCUCAGCCUCUCGAGCUCCUAAGGAAUCGUUAUGAGCUUAGGACAUGAAGAGCCCUAGAACAACGCAACUCUUGCCUGCAUAACUUGGUCUUAACUCAAGUGUGUGUUAUAGCUAUGUUCUUUGCUGAUUGUAUGCAUAACAUGUAAGAUAGUUUGUUUUUAAUGCUAACUGUAUGUAUUAGAGAUAAGAUGGCCUUUAUGCCCUUUGCUGAAUGUAUGUGUUGCACGUAGGAUUAGCUUUAUUCCCUUUGCUGAACGUAUGUAUUACACAUAGGAUUAGCUUUAUUCCCUUUGCUGAAUAUAUGUGAUACACAUAGGAUUAGCUUUAUUCCCUUUGUUGACUGUAUGUGUUACAGAUAGGAUGUCCUUUAUGCCCUUUAUAGACUAUGUAUUACAG